AUGUCGGGAUGCGCAAAUUCCUCACCAUUACCCCCUGCCCCUUCCUCUCUUCUGUCAACUGAACUUGAUUGCUGUGUUAUCCCCGUUUGCAAUAAUCUCAAGCUCAUUCAAACAACGGACUUCUUCUAUGCUAACGUUGAUGAUCCAUACACCAUGGGUUGGAUCACUUGCUGCAAUGUGCUGAGUGACCUCUACGCCAUGGGUGUGGUGAACUGUGAUAACCUCCUGCUCCUUCUCGGCAUUCCCACCGACAUGGACUCCACCGAACGCACCAUCGUCACCUCGCUCAUCAUGCAGGGCUUUCAGGAGUGCGCCCUGAAAGCCGGGACGAGCGUGCGCGGAGGUCAGACGGUGUACAAUCCCUGGGUUCUCAUUGGUGGUGCCGCCACAUCCGUCGUGCCGGACACCGACUUCAUCAUGCCAAAUCAAGCCGAGGCGGGCAGCGUGUUGGUGUUGACGAAACCGCUGGGAACGCAGUUGGCCGUGACGGCCUACAACUGGCUGCUCGAUCGCAGCGCCAUGUGGACCGACAAGUGCCAGCCCCUCAUAUCCGAGGAGAAAAUGCGUGCUCUCUAUAGCGCCGCCACGCUCUCUAUGGCCCGACUCAACCGAAACGCCGCUCGACUGAUGCACAGGCACGGAGCGCAGGCCUGUACCGACGUGACAGGCUUCGGUGUGCUGGGUCACGCGCGCAACCUCGCCGCCAUUCAGACCGCGGCGGUCACCUUCGAGAUCCACCGGUUGCCCUGCUUGGAGGGCGUCUACCGGCUCUCAAAGGCCCUCGCCGCCCGCCACCAUAUCGACACCGGUCUGACUCCGGAGACCUCAGGAGGUCUCUUGAUCGUCAUGCCCGAGAAGGAAGCUGAAGAAUUUUGCAAGGAGCUCCUUGAAGCCGACGGCACGCCCACGUGGAUUGUGGGUCGUGUGCUGGCGGCUCCAUCGCCCGUCGAAGCACGCACUGCGCAGUUGUCUCCGAAACUGGAGAUUGUUGAAGUUCCCCACGAAUCCGUUGUCUUGAAGUCGUAG